AUGUCUUCUACAGGUCUCAACGAUCAGUCGGCAUUGCUGCAAGUCCUGGCUGGCAUCAGCGGAAUGCAAAAGGAGCUCGCACGCAUGCAUCAACGACUGGAUGCAAUGGAGGAGAGGAACAGUCGCAUCGACUCUCACUCUAUGAUGAUCUCUUCACCCGUCUCACGCCCACUCCCAAUCUCUCGACACGGCUCACAUCGGAAUCUAGAGGGUCAGUAUGUGGGAGGCUCUCCCGAUAGGGCGACCUUUGCGCUACCUCCCCACAUCGCCAGCCUGAGCAGCGCGAAUCCUCAGCCGGCACCUCUACUGGCCAAGAAGCCUGACUUGGGUCUCUGGUGCGUCGUGCCUGCUGGAGGAGCCGGUACGAGGUUGUGGCCCUUGAGUAGGGAAAGCUACCCAAAGUUCCUCCUCGAUCUCACCGGCUCGGGGCGGACUUUGAUCCAGAGCACAUGGGAUCGUCUGCUACCGCUAGCAGGAUCAAGCCAGCUGAUGGUUGUGACUGGAGGGGCGCACGUUGACCCAGUCAUGGGACAGCUGCCAGAUCUGGAAGAAGCAAAUGUCUUUGCUGAACCAUCGCCCAAGGAGAGCAUGGCUGCCAUCGGACUGGCGGCUGCUGUCCUCAAGAGGAGAGAUCCAGACGCUGUCCUCGGCUCUUUCGCCGCUGACCACAUCAUUUCUGGUCGAGAUGCCUUCGAGUCGGCAGUGACAGAGGCCGUCGCAGUCGCAAAGGCAGGCUACCUGGUCACCAUCGGUAUUGCGCCCUCCCACCCCUCGACAGGAUUCGGUUACAUUAAGCUGGGAGAGUCGCUUCAUCAACCCGAUGCACCGAAUGCUCGAAAGGUCACCGAAUUCAAGGAAAAGCCAGAUGCCAGAACCGCCUCUGCGUACCUGAGCACAGGAAACUACCGAUGGAACGGUGGUAUGUUCGUCGUCAAGGCUGCGGUGCUGAUGGACCUCCUCAAGGGCACCGUCCCUGCCCUCCAUGACGGUCUGGAGAAGAUUGCCGACGCCUGGGACACUCCUGCGCGCCAGUCUGUGCUACACGAAAUCUGGCCUACCCUCGACAAGAUUGCCAUUGACCACGCCGUUGCCGAGCCUGCUGCUCGCUCAGGCAAGGUCGCCGUCGUCCCCGCCACAUUCGGUUGGGACGAUGUUGGGGACUUCUCCUCGCUGGCAGAUUUGCUGCCAGCUGAAAAAGGCGAGGCGCGCAUCCUAGGAGACCCGAAUAUGGUCAUUACUGAGGGUCAGGCUGGAGGAUUGGUGAUUCCGGCCGGUGGAAGGCCGAUUGCGUGCUUGGGCGUGGACGACGUCGUCGUGGUUGAUACACAGCACGUCCUCUUGGUCACGACGAGGGCACGGGCACAAGAUGUCAAGAAGAUGGUCGCGAGGGUAAAGGCCAGAAAGUGGACUCAUCUGACUUAG